UUCUUAUCCAACUAAAACCACACGCAGUUGACACUUGAAACCCACGUCUCCCCCACUCGCACUGAUCAUUACAUACCAUCCCAUUCUUCAACCCUACGCUGUUGCAGUUACAGAUUCAACUCCAUAAUCAAUCACAAUCACUUCAAUCUCAAGAAAUCGGCUACUUGAUUUCCAUAUCACAUUCAUCAAUCACUCACACCACCACCACCACCACAACAAUGUCAUUCGAGCUAGAAGAAGAAGAAGAUUCCUUCGAGCACACGCUACUAGUAGUCCGCGAAGUCUCCGUCUUCAAAAUACCACCGCGAUCCACCAGCGGCGGUUACAAGUGCGGCGAGUGGCUCCAAUCGGACAAGAUCUGGUCCGGCAGGCUCCGCGUCAUUUCCUGCAACAACCGUUGCGAGAUCCGGUUAGAAGAUCCGAAUUCCGGCGAUUUGUUCGCUGCUUGUUUCGUUAAUCCUGGCCAGAGAGAGACCGCGGUUGAACCGGUGCUUGAUUCGUCCAGAUAUUUUGUGUUGAAGAUCGAAGAUGGAACCGGAAAACACGCGUUCGUAGGGCUAGGGUUUACGGAACGGAAUGAGGCGUUUGAUUUCAAUGUUGCGUUGUCGGAUCAUGAGAAGUAUGUGAAACGAGAGAGUGAGAAGGAUGAUAGUGGAGCUAGUGAUGAGAGUUGCAUUAAUAUUCAUCCUGCUGUUAAUCAUAGAUUGAAGGAAGGUGAAACAAUUAGGAUUACUGUAAAAAACAAACCUACUAGUGGAGCUGGGAUGCUUUCGACUGCCGGAUUGUCUGGUGGCGGUGCUUCUGGAACCGAGAAGGUCAAGCCAUUAAGCCUCGCUCCUCCACCCGCUAAAACUAGACCUUCUGGAGCCGAUAAAGUUAAGCCGCUAAGCCUUGCUCCUCCACCUGCCACCACCGGAAAGAUUAGGUCUCUUAUCCCACCACCUCCCAAUGAUCCUGCUGCUGUUCGGAUGACUGCUGCAAAUCAUAAGGAAACUUCAAGGAAUUCUACAGAUGCUUUUAGUGAUCUCUCUCAGCUUGAGAGGGAUCUUCCUUCCAAAAGUGGUUCAGGAUCAAGCCAAAGUAAAACUACCGCAGCUGGAUGGGCAGCAUUUUGACUGUCUCGGGUCAGGUGUGAUGAUACUCGGUAAUCUUUUCUUCUGUCUCCAUAAUAAUAAUAUUACUAUCAGACUACAAAGGGAAUGCUCACAAGUUCAUGUGUUUAUCAUAUGCGUUGAUGACCUGAAACGUGAAAUGUAGAAUAUGGAAUGUAUGUUAAAGAGAUCUUAGAGUCGUGGGUAAAUCAAAAAAAUUCAAUCUCGUUUCGUUACAUCAAACUAGCAUCAUGCUAUUUGUGUAACGACUAUCUAUACAAUGUGCACCUGUGGGUGUUGCGCCAACUUGGGUCUGAUGUACGCAUCCUGGCCUUGCAUUUCUGUAAGUGGAUUUAUAGAUACACAAUGUAACAGAUGUAACUUGAGAUGUAUGUGUUGGUAUUGACUUGGUAUCAUCAAGAUGCCUUCUGUGCACUGAUAAAUUGUAUUCGAGUUGACGAGAAUUACGCUUC